CACACACACACAUACACGCACAGAAAGAGAGAGGGAGACAGAAGGGAAACAGAAAGAAAAGGACCGAGCGCGAAUGUUACAAAUGUAACAACAAGCUGAAGAUAGAAUGUAACGCGGGCGCGCGUCAGGAAUGCGCGGAUGCUUUGACGCUUCGUUCGACGUUCGAAAGUGUAUCGCGCACUUUUAAAGCGGCUUUGGAUCCACGUACGGGCUCGAGAUGAGACGGCAGGUCGCCGGGGCUUCGUGCUGUUGUUCUUCGGCUAGAUGAGAGGCGAUCCACGAGCGCUUUCUGUUCCCGUAGGCUCGUAUUGUUGACGCUCGAAUGGGAUGCGUUGGGAACGCUGCCGUUGUAUUGCGCUGGACGCGAUCGUAAACUCCAUUGAACUCUAUAGACUCGCCGGAGAUCGUCGUAUUUCGGUGUGACUGCGUGCAUCGCUGAUAUUUGAAUAGCUCUCAUCUGGUUUUAAAGUACUUAACUGUUCGUGUAUGUGUAUUAUGCGAUGUAAUUAAUGAUAUUAGCGUUAGUGUUGGGGAUCUGGAAGUUUUGCGUGCCUCAGAAUAGAAAUAGCUGUCAUAAAACUGAAAUCCGAGGGAAGUUUGUGCUGCUCCUGGCUAAACUUGAAGUCGCUGUUCAUCCUCAGCUCCUUAUAUGCUUGUCUUAAAGUGGUGACAGUGAGCAGUGGUGCUGAGAACCAUGGAGCAUCUCAGCGAAACAUGCCUGGGGAAGGAGAACUGCGAGAUGGUCAACAGUCUGAACGACAGCAAGGGGCCUCCGGCUAAACUGGCCCGCCUGGAGCAGAACGGGAGCCCACCGGGUCGCUCUCGUUUGGGCAGCACUGGAGCCAAGCUCUCCGGCGUGCCCUUCAAACCCCCUGGACAUCAUCUGAAGGCCUGCCACAAGAGGGGUAACAUGCUGCCGGUGUUUUGUGUGGUGGAGCACUACGAGAGCCCGUUAGAGUUCGACAGCAAAGAGGAACACGCAGAAUUCGUCCUGGUCAGAAAAGACAUGCUCUUCAACCAGCUCAUCGAGAUGGCCUUGCUCUCUCUGGGUUACUCGCACAGUUCAGCCGCGCAGGCUAAAGGUCUGAUUCAGGUGGGCAAGUGGAACCCAGUGCCUCUUUCCUACGUGACGGAUGCGCCAGACGCCACAGUGGCGGACAUGUUACAGGAUGUGUACCAUGUGGUCACGCUGAAAAUCCAGCUACACAGUUGUCCUAAACUGGAAGACCUUCCUCCAGAGCAGUGGACCCACUCUACAGUAAGAAAUGCGCUCAAGGAGUUACUCAAAGACAUGAACCAGAGCUCUCUGGCUAAAGAAUGUCCCUUAUCACAGAGUAUGAUUUCUUCAAUUGUUAACAGCACUUACUAUGCAAACGUGUCUGCGGCCAAGUGUCAAGAGUUCGGACGCUGGUACAAACAUUUCAAGAAGACAAAAGACAUGAUAGUCGUGCGCCAGCCCUCUCAGCUGGAGGGUUACCUAGGGACGUGUGUCCUCCACGACAGUCCACGCGCCACCACGUUAGCUGAGAUGGACGGUCUGUCAGAUCUUUCUCCACCGGGAACCAAUCACCUCAGCUUCAGCCAGCAGCCCAUCCCGGGCAGCACAGCAGAGCAGGCCCCGUCCCCCCUGCCCGUAUCCCACACCAGCCAAGCCCCUGGCCGAGCGCAGCUGCCCGGCCUGCACCCGGGCCUGGUGUCCACCCCCAUCAGCCCUCAACUGGUGAACCAGCAGAUCGUCAUGGCCCAGAUCCUCAACCAGCAGUACGCCGUCAACCGUCUCCUGGCGCAGCAGUCUCUGAGCCAGCAGUAUCUGAACCACCCGCCGGUCAACCGCGCGCUCAACAAACCGCUGGAGGCGCAGGUGUCCUCCAAUGCAGAGGUCUCCGUCGACAUCUACCAGUGGGUGAGAGACGAGCUGAAGAGGGCAGGAAUCUCACAGGCCGUGUUCGCUCGCGUGGCCUUCAACAGGACACAGGGUCUUCUCUCUGAGAUCCUUAGAAAAGAAGAAGACCCCAAAACGGCAUCUCAGUCUCUUCUGGUCAACCUGCGAGCGAUGCAGAACUUCCUGCAGUUACCAGAAGCCGAGCGAGAUCGCAUUUACCAGGAGGAGAGAGAGCGAAGUUUGACCGCAGCCUCGGCCAUGGGUCCCGCGCCGCUUAUUAGCACUCCUCCCUCACGCCCUGUACAGCCCAGAAGAGAGGAGUGUAACAAUGUGAGACCAGAAGACUGGAAUCCCAGAAUUCCAGUGGGCAUCUCUCCUGUAAAACCCAAUCCUCUGAGCAGUGAGUGGAACGGUAAAUCAGAGAGCUGCGUGUUAAACAUCAACUCCUCCAUCUACGACGAGAUCCAGCAGGAGAUGAAGAGGGCCAAAGUGUCCCAGGCCAUGUUCGCCAAGGUCGCCGCUUCCAAAAGCCAGGGCUGGCUGUGUGAGUUGCUGCGCUGGAAAGAGGACCCGUCUCCAGAGAACCGAACGCUCUGGGAAAACCUGUCCAUGAUCCGCCGCUUCCUCAGUUUGUCCCAAGUGGAGCGAGAUGUCAUUUAUGAGCAGGAGAGCAAUGGAGGACAGCAGCAUCACGCAGACAGACCUCCUCACCUGAUGCAUGUGCCCACAGACCCACUGCAGACUCAUCAACAGCCUCCCUCUCAGCUCCAGGUUCCUCUGCCCCUUCCUCACCCAUCCCAGCCUCUCCUAUCCCAGCAGCCGCUUCAACCCCUCCAGCUGCAGCAGCAGCAGACAGAGCCUCGUCUCCCCCCUCGACAGCCCACCACCGCCUCCCCCGCCGAAACAGAGGACGAAACCCGCUGCAAGAGCCGCCAGCCCAACCGCAUCUCCAUGGAGGCCCUGGGAAUCCUGCAGAGCUUCAUCCAGGACGUGGGUCUGUAUCCAGACGAGGAGGCCAUACACACGCUCUCGGCACAGCUGGACCUGCCCAAACACACCAUCAUCAAAUUCUUCCAGAACCAGCGCUUCUAUAUAAACCACGCCAGCAAGCUUAAAGAGUCUACCAUCGGCUUCCCAAACAACAACAACAAGGACGAGGGUCUGACGGAUUUUAAGGAGGCCGAGCUGAUGACCGAGCUGGAAGAAAGCGUGCAGACCAACAACACCAUGUUCUCCAUUAAAAUGGAAGAGCAUCUGGCGCCCGAGACGCACCUUCAGAUUGAGCAGGAGGCUAAAGAGUAACUGGAAAACUCUCUGUUAUAUUCUCUCUUCUUUCUUUCACUCUUGUCUGUGUUUGCAUUGAGUGGAAACUGACUUUUUACACAAGACUGAAUCAGAUGAUGAUGAACUUUCACUUUUUUUGUAAAGCGUGGAUUACUUCACUGUAAAGACUCAUGCAUCAUUUCAAUAAUCUGCACAAUUAAAACAAAAUGUACAAAAAACACACACAAAAAAGGAAUAUUUAAAGGAAUAGUUCAUUAUUGGAUGGAAAUUGUUGUCUAAAAGUGUUAUUUAAAAACCCUGAUUUGUUUGAUGUGAUCAAAAAUAGCAUAAAAAUUGCCAUUUCAUUACUUUUAAAUAGUACUUUUUCAACAUUAAUAUAACAGUAUGAUCAUUUUUGCUAAAACAAUCUUCUUCUCUAAACCGUCUUUCGCAUGAGACGUUAAAUCGAGGUCCUCACUCAUUAAAAAUGGCACUUCUCGUAAAGAGUAGGUAACCCUGGUGUCCUGGCCAAAUUCCCUCCUUCAGUAUGGAGUCAGGGCCAUAUAUACUUGCAAAAUAAAAGUUUUGCAAACAAAAAAUUAAAUAAUGAGCAAAAAAAUGUAUAAAUAAAUGCAAAUCUCCAAAAAUCGCAAAGCAAAAAUGUAUUUUUUUGCUAAAUAAAAAUAAAUGUAGCUAACAAGAAUAAAGAACUGCAAAUAAAAAUCAAGCAGUGCAAAAAUAAAUAAAUAAAUAAAUAAAUAAAUAAAUAAAUAAAUAAAUAAAAUAUUUGCCAUUUAAUUAAUCGUGUUUCACUUUCUGGCCCUGAUUUAACAAGGGGGCGGAGUCAAGGGAACUUGGGCAUUUUACAGGCCCGGAUCUGCCUCCAUUUAAGCGACGUCACCACCUGGAGUCACAGUACUACUGAGGUGGUCUUACAGCCCAGUAGAUCUAGGCCUGCCAUAAUCGCUCAAGAUCCCUUGACUCCGCCCCCCUGUCAAAUCAGGGCCACACAGUGAAACAUCCUAGGAACGUGAAAUGCAAAGUGAAAACAGCAUCGCAAACUCUAAAAAGCUAAUCAAAAUGAGCAUUGCAAUUUAUUGGACAGGUUUUGUAAAGGCAAUGAUAUAAAAAAUGUUUUGCAAAUAUAUAUAGUUGAUUUUUAAUUGUAAGAAUUUUAUUUAUUUUUAUUUUUUUGCACUGCUUGUUUUUAUUUGCAGUUCUUGUUUUGUUUGAAAAUUGGAUUUUUAUUUCUUAAAACUUAAUUUUCCCGUUGUAGUUCUUUAUUUUUGUUAGCAAAUUUUUUUUUUUAUUUCUCAAAAAUAAAUUUUCGCAUUUGCAUUUGUUUAUUUUUUUAUUUUUCUCAAUACUUUAUUAUUUGUUUGCAAAACUUUCUUCUAUUUUGCAAGUAUAUAUGGCCCUAGACUGACUCCAUACAUCAGCCCUUACCCAUCAUGGUUCCCCAAUCAUCCCCAUCCACCAAAUUGUCUCUAUCACUGUCUCUCCACUCCACCUAUAGCUGGUGUGUGGUGAGCGCACUGACGCCGUUGUCCUGUGGCACCAAUUGGAUGCUGCACACUGGUGGUGGUGUGGAGAGACGGCCCUCAUGAUUGCGAAGCGCUUUGGCCAUACACGAUAAAUGCGCUAUAUUAGUACACAUUACAAUUUAAAUGAUAUAUUUUAUUAAUUAAUCCAAUGGACUUGCCAUAAAAUACAAUUAAAAAUACAUUUCAUUAAUUCAUAUCUCUCAAUUUAUUUUUUUAUUUAGUUUAUUCAUUCAUUCAUUUUCUUUUUAGCUUAGUCCCUUUAUUAAUCAGGGGUCGCCACAGCAGAAUGAACCACCAACUUAUCCAGCAUAUGUUUUACACAGUGGAUGCCUUUUAGCCACGUCCCAGUACUGGGAAACACCGAUACAAACUAAUUCACACACAUACACUACGGACAAUUUAGUUUAUUCAGUUCACCUAUAGCGCAUGUGUUUGGACUGUGGGGGAAACCGGAGCACCUGGAGGAAACCCACGCCAACACGGGGAAAACAUGCAAACUUCACACAGAAAUGCCAACUGGCCCAGCUGGGACUCAAACCAGCGACCUUCUUGCUGUGAGACGACAGUGCUAUUCACAUGCUGUAUUUUUGGAGUCACCUUGCUACCAAAAAUACAACAUGUCAUUUAUAAAUCUUUCUCAUUUAAUUUAAUUAUAUUUUAUUUUUAAAUCUAAUGGACUUGCCAUGAAUACAAUUUAAACAGUAAAUAUAUUUUCAUGCAUUAAUUUAUUUUAUUUUAACUGUAAAUUUAUUUUAAAGACAUAUUAAACAACUAUUUAUCUCUCUGUUAUUUUAUUAUUUACAUUUUAUUUAAUGUUAUUUUAUACAUAAUGGAAUUGCUGUAAAUACAGCUAAAAAUAUUACAUUUAUGUAUAAACGUCACUUUUUAUAUUAUAUUACUGUCACUUUAUUGUCAUAUUACUGUCAUAUUAAACAUAAAUAUAACUAAAAAGACAUCUUUUCAUCCGUUCACCUUACUCACUUUAUUCAAUUUUACACCUGACAGACUCAAUAGAUCAAAUUAUUCAUGUUAAAUUGACAUCCCUGCAAAAACUUCAAAAUAAAAGUCUCUGAAUUUGAAUUCCAUAACCAAAGUCAUACAUCAUUGAAUAAAUAAUUUUAUAUAGUGUCAUAAGUCAUUCAUUCAUUUUCUUUUCGGCUUAGUCCCUUUUAUUAAUCACCACAGCGAAAUGAACCGCCAAUUUAUGCAGCAUAUGUUUUACGCAGUAGAUGCCCUUCCAGCCGCAACCCAACACUGGGAAACACCCAUACACUCUUGCAUUCACACACAUACACUACGGACAACGUAAUUUAUUCAAUUCACCUAUAGCGCAUGCGUUUGGACUAUGGGGGAAACCGGAGCACCCGGAGCAAACCCACGCGAACACGGAGAACAUGCAAACUCCACACAGAAAUGCCAACUGACCUAGCUGGGGCUCGAAUCAGUGACCUUCUUGCUGUGAGGCGAUUGUGCUACCCACUGCACCACCGUGACGCCCAUUUACUGUCAUAUUAAACGUAAAUAUAACUAAAAAUCACUGUUCAUCCAUUCACCUUACUCACUUUAUUCGUUUUUACACCCAAUAGACUCAAUAGAUCAAAUGAUUCAUGUUAAAUUGACAUCCCUGCAAAAACCUCAAAAUAAAAGACUCUAAAUUUGAAUACCAGAAUCAUACAUCAUUAAAUAAAUACUUUUAUAUCAUGUUAAACGUAUAAUUCUGACAAAAUUCUGACAGAUUUUCCCCAUAUGCAUGAACUAUUCCUUUAAGUCAACAGUAUGUUGCUGUGGAUAUUUGCCGACUGCACUCGUUGUCUGUUGUUUUUACACUGAUUUUGAGCUACUGAUUUAAAAAAAAAAGAAAAAAAAAGGAAAGUCAAUGGAGUUUGAUAGACUUUGAUGUUUACGUAUGUGAUGUUAACUGGAUUUUUACAACAAAAAAAAAGGAAAAGGAAAAAAUAUGCAUGAAUUUGGAGAUGAGGGGUAGACAAAGGCCUUAAUGAUGAGGUACUGAGUCGAGCACUGCUGGCUAAUGAGUUAUUCUCUUGGAAAUAAAACGAUCGCUCAGUCUCUGGAUCCCUCUGACCUGCAGGGAAACCGGGGAAAGUCUUAUGAUUUAGUUUGAAGAAAUAUAAAUAUAUAUAUAUGAAUAUAGACAUAUAUUAACUGUAAAAUAAAAAAUAUACAGUCUUAAAGAAACUAUGCCAACAAAUGCCUUGUACUAUAUGGCACUGCCGAUGUUAGAUUAUUUUGCAAAACUUUGGUCACUGUAAAAUCCUGAAUUUCCACAAAUGUUUCAAAUGUGAAUCACAACCUUCGUUCGUGUCCCGCAUUAUUUAUUUUCAGCGUUCUGAUGUAAUUACGUUCUUUCCCCCGGAGAAUCUCCGGUCACUCUUUUAGUUUUAUUCGUUUUGCUCAUCUUUAUUUCUAUUUAUAAAUGUGAUUUCGAUGGGCAGUAAAAUCAGAAGUGUCUUAACGUUUUAAAUGGAGAAAUGUGCUUUAAAAGUUGCCUAAAAAAAAAAGAAAAAGUGCUGUAUGUCAAGCAACUCAUGCUACGAGCUUCACGAUUAAUGUUGUAUGCAAUUUUUACUAUCAUGCAAAUAAGCUUAGGUAAACGACUAACCUAUAGACCACUUUAGAGAGAGAGAGAAAAAAACAAAAACAUAUGCAAUUUGUGUGAAAAUCGAUGUUUGCAAUGUGUCUUCCUUUUGGUUAUCGAUCCAAUUCAAAGCUAUUCCUUGUAUAAAUAUGAUGUAUAAAAAAGUGGUUCUUUUUUUAUGAGUUUAUUGCAAUGAGAACACCAGUUAUUUUGUUACGACUGACUGUUUUAUAAGUGUUUCUCCGUUUCUUUAUGCAGAAAAAAAACAAUGUUCUAACUAGGAGUGGUUGCUGAUUGUUAAUGACACGAUUAAACUGUUUGUAUUGUACUACGGUAUCCUUUUGCGUUCAUGUGCAUUAAAGAAAUAUCCACAGCGCAGGACGAGGCAGUCGAGCGCUCCUUCUGCGAGGAAUAACCUCCUGGGUGGAUGAAGUCGUAUUAGUGGCGUGUUUAAGGGUAAAUAGACGGCAGGUGUUAAGGCCCUGUUAAUGAGUUGAUCUGCGGGGAUUGGAGGUGUAAAGCUGUGAAGGUGCUUUAACUUGGCGAUGAACUCCAGGUGAAGCUCGGAGAUGCGUAUGGAAAUCUGCUUCACCCAUAUGGAGAGAAAUCAUCAGUGACCUCUGUGAGCAUCCAAUGCUUUUCCUAAUAUUGCAAGGCGAAAAUUGGCCUUUUUCUGACUUCAGGAUGAGGGUAAGUUCUCGAAACAGACCUGUUUGGCUUUUAUUAUAAAUAAUGCCUUUGUUUUGGCAAUCUUUGUGUAUAUACGUGUGGCAGGGGAUGAAGUGUGUAUAUUACUGUAAUAUAUGAAAUACGGGGAAAUUCACAUUUUUGCUAAUUGUUUGCUGAACAAAGCACAAUUGUUUGUUGUCGAACUGACAGCAGGUUGUUAUUAUUGCAAGUGGGGGAAAUGAAUUGGUAACUUUUUCUUUUCUUUCUUUUAAAUAUGUGAAGUUAAAUAUUUUAAAUGUGUACACUAGCAGGUAUUAAAUUUCAUGACAAUGUUAAAUAAAAUUCCUUAUACCACAGAA